AUGGCCCCCCCUCCCCCCCUCCUCCACCUCCCUCCCCCGCCCUGGGCGCUGCGGGGGGGGCCGCCCCGGUGCCUGGCUGCUGUCACCGCUGUCGUCCUCGUCGCCAUCGCGGCUGUUGCGGCCUGUCCCGCCGUGUGCCGCUGCGCCGGCGGCCGCGUCUACUGCAACGACCGGGGGCUGACGGCCGUGCCUGAGGGGCUCCCGCCCGGCGCCACCACCCUGUUCCUGCAGAACAACCGGAUCGGUGACGCGGGGAUCCCAGCGCGGCUGGGCCGGCUGCCGGCCCUGCGCGUGCUCUACCUGUACGCCAACGCGUUGGAGCAGCUGCCGGCACACCUGCCGCCGGCACUGCGGGAGCUGCAUCUGCAGGAGAACAACGUGCGCGGGCUGUGCCGGCGGGCGCUGGCGCGGGCACCGCUGCUUGAGCGCCUGCACCUGGAUGACAACUCGGUGUCGGCAGCCGGGAUCGAGGAGGACGCCUUCGCCGAGAACCGCCGCCUGCGCCUCCUCUUCCUCUCACGCAACCACCUGAGCAGCGUGCCGGCCGGGCUGCCACCGGCACUGGAGGAGCUGCGCCUGGACGACAACCGCAUCCACACCAUCCCGCUGCGCGCCUUCGAGGGGCUGCCGGCGCUGCGGCGCCUGGUGCUGGACGGGAACCUGCUGGCCAACCAGCGCAUGGCCGACGACACCUUCAGCCGCCUGGGCAACCUGAGCGAGCUCUCGCUGGGCCGCAACGCGCUCGCGGCCCCGCCGGCCAACUUGCCCCGUGCGCGGCUGCGCCGGCUCUCGCUGGCCGCCAACGCCAUCAGCCACGUGCCAGCUGGUGCACUGGCACGGAUGAGGGCACUGGAGCGACUGGACCUGUCGGACAACAACCUGACAACACUGCCACGGGGGCUCUUUGAUGACCUGGGCAGCCUGAGCCACCUGGGGCUGCGCAACAACCCCUGGUUCUGUGGCUGCAACCUGGCCUGGCUCCGGGACUGGCUGCGCCGGCGCGCGCCGCCACGCCUCGAGGUGCGCGGGCUACUGUGCCAGGCACCCGCGCGGCUGCGGGGGCUGCCGGUGGGUGAGCUGCAGGGGGAGAUGGACGCCUGUGACACCCCCGCUGCAGGGGUCGGGGGGGCUUCCCCCGGCAUCGCAGCCGUGUCCCCAGCGGCCUCAAAUGGCGCCAUGGCCGCCUCGCCAGGGGCUGCGGCCACGCCAGGGCUGUGGGUGCAGGCGGCACCGGGGGGGGCCCUGCGGGUGCGGUGGCCGCCGGCCCCCCCCGGCGCAUCCCUGCGGCUGAGCUGGCUGCGGCCCGGAGGGGGGGCCGUGACCGAGACACUGGUGCGGGGGGAGCGGGGAGAGUAUGUGGUGCGGGCGCUGCAGCCCCGUGCCCCGUACCGCGUGUGCCUCGCGGCCCUUGAGCCCCCCGCCGCCCCCCCACUCUGCACACAGGCCCGCGCCGGGGCCGGGGACCCCCCUCCCGGUUCUCCCGGUGCACCGGCCGGGGACACCCCCACCGCGCUCCCUCCGGCCGCGGCUCUGGGGGCGUCGGCAGCGGCGGCUGCCGGGGUGAUCCUGGGGGUGCUGGGAGGGUGGUGGAGGAGGAGGAGGAGGCGAGGGGGGCGAGGAGGGGCGCCCCCCCCGCCCCCUAAAAUCAGCAGAGCGGGGCGGCUGCCACUGCGGCCCCUGCGGCCCCCCGAUGAGGGCGGAAUACGCACCGUGUACCCCCCUCCGCCGCCCCCGCUGCCCCUCCCCAGCGCUCGGGGGUACCGGGGGGGGCAGGUGCCCCAUGGCGGUGGUGAAGGGGAUGGGGGGUCCUGAUAGGGGGGUCCCUCCUCCUGGGAAACCCCACGUGUUGGGGACCUCUCUGGGGCUGUGGCCACUUGCCCCUGCUCUGAGGACAUUUGGGGGGACCCACCGGGGAGUUGAGGAGAGGGGUCGCCCUGCACCUCCCCCGCUUCCCUUUUGGGCAUUUUGGCUUUUUUAAGGUGUUUUUUCGGCACCGCGGCUUUUUUGGGGGAAAAACGGCAGAUUUGGUGCAGGAAUGGGAUUGGGGAGAGGGACGGACAUGGCAGCCUCGAUCCCUCCAGGACCUCCAGGAGGACCCCAGGCCUGGACAGAGCCUGGGGGGGUGGAGGCAGAGGGGACCCGGGGUCAGGGUGGUCCCCUGCUGCCCCCCCCCGGGUCUGUGCCCCCUCCCUUCCCCCCGCGAGGUGCCUUCACCCCUCCCCUUGCCCCUGCUGUUGGAUUUGGGGAAAAAGGACCAAAAUCAGGAAAAAUCGACCCAAAAGGGCCGAGGGGAACCCUGACCCCCAAAUAAACCCAGCGGCUCCUUUUC